UUUCCUAGCAACGAGAGCAAUGUGAAAAUGAGAAUUCAAGAAAAAAAAGACAAUUGAAAAAAAAGGGUUGCCCUUUACACAAAAAUAACGUUUUAAAAAUAAUAAAUGGAAAUAUACUCGGAGGCUGGCAUCGAAUCAGUACUGCUGCAGCUCAAUUUGCCUGCUCCUCCUAAAUCUAAGUCACUCUCCUAAUUGCGAGGAUCUGGUCAUCAACAUCUUCCGCCUUGCCACGUCACUGGGCACAGCUCGGAACUCAAUUUAAAUCCCCUCAAGGACGAUAAAUGCAUCUAAUGCAUUUCCCCUCUGUGUUUUCACACACUCUGUGUCCGGUGCACACGGUUCAGUUGCUAUCUUGUAAUGGCAGUGCAAGAUCCUGGCAGGACCACAGGUUUUUCUUGCAAACAAUGUGUCAUGGUGUGUCCCAAUAUGCCCAGUCUGCUCGAGCACAUGGAUGCGCACCUUCAAGAAGAGGAAGAACGCAAAUUUAAAUGUGACGAAUGUGGGCGCGGCUAUAGGCAUGCUGGUAGCCUAGCUAACCACAAAAAAACCCACGAAGUGGGUUCUUUCCAAUGUAACAUCUGCGGUAAAGAAAACUCUAAUGCUUUGGCCCUGAAGAGUCAUCUCCGGAGCCACACGUACCAGAAAAAAUACUCUUGUGCCGAAUGUGGGAAAACUUUUCGUCUGGCCACACAGCUGACCACUCACCAGCGGGUUCAUCUUUCCAGGCGAGUAAAGGAGAAGUCGUACCGGAAGGUAGACAUGGAAUAUCCCACAGAUGAAAUUGAAAUUCCAAAUCACCUCAGUGAGCAGUCAGGCAGCGUCUGUAUUUCUACAGAAAAUAGCCCCGCUGACGAUGAGAUGGACGCUGUUUAUAAUCCCCAAUUUGAGACGCCUGACGGCGCAGCAACUCGACCCUAUAGAUGCGAUUUGUGUGACAAGUCAUACAUACACCACCGAAGCCUGACCAAUCAUAAAAAGACUCACCAAGUAGGAAUGUUUGAAUGCACCGUGUGUUUCAAGCUGUUUAAUAACAUGGCUGCCCUCUAUAGCCACCAGAGAACCCACAAGACGCGAAGCGGGGCUGACCCCGAUUCGAUGGGUGGGUCCUACGCGCGCACACCGCUGGGCCAGUUUUCACCUCAGAGCCAGGAGGCUCCUGUCAAUUUUUGCCAUUUGUGUCAGGUAUUAUUCCCCAACGAUGAAGAGUUCCAGGAACACAUCCAAAUGCAUAACUCUUCAUCUCUGUCAUUCGGUCUUCACGAGACCUUGUCAGAGAGCCACAAUAGAUCAUAUGACAACAGUAUUGCUUCGCCUGAGUCAAAUUUGUAUGCAUCUCCAAUAAAUAAUAUUCCCUCCGUAUCAUCAAUAGAUAACCAUGGCUUUGAUCAGCCACAGGAGCUGAUAAGAAGUAACGGCCAGAUGUACUCUGACUGCGCCAAUAACGAAACGCCCCCCUUCAAUAGCACUCAGGGAGAACCCCCCAUCAUAGACACAAGCGUUCUCAAUUCGGCCCUGAUGGAAAACUCUGACGAUGCACCUGAAACGGAGGAGGCUUCAACUGAAGAUUCUCACGAGCGUCCUUUCAGGUGUCGAAUCUGCGGUAAAAGCUACCGGCACUCUGGGAGCCUCAUCAACCACAAAAGGUCACAUCAGGUCGGCAUUUACCAAUGUUCCAUCUGCAGAAAGAGCUAUCCUCAUCUAGCGGCCCUAAAAAGUCACCUGCGUCUCCACAAAGCUCAGUCGGCAUCUGUUGGUCUCACCGCUGAGGGGGACUGGCUCUCCUCCGAGCCUCUGACCCACGACACCCAACAGGGCUGCUUCCCCUCUCAGGACGAGGAGGAGGAGGAGGAGGAGGAUGGCGCCCCUACCGUCCUCGGUAUGAAUCCGGGGAAUGGAGUUGACCACAGCAAUGGUGCUUUAUACCAUGAGCCGUUUAAACAGGACUUUUCCCAGGACGUCAUGCAUCUACCUCACAACGAACACCCAAUGCAGAGGCACAUGUGUGCAGACUGUGGUGAGACGUUUGCAGAUAUUGCAGGCAUUAAGUCUCACAGUUGCCCACUGCUGCAGCAGCAACACAACACUACUAGCAGUGACUAUGACAGUAGUAUGAAUUUCCAGGAGAGUAAUGGUCAACGCGUCGUCGGAAACCCAGGGAGUGACGUUGAGUUCCACGGUCUGAAUGGUAGCCACGACCAAAGUUACUUUGAACAGAACUUCCAUGACAAUAUGAGCAUUGAUCAGCUGAAUGGGGAUUGUGAGGGUGGUGAUGCUGAGGGGGAGGAGGAGGAGGAGGAGGAGGAGGAUGAUGAUGAUGAGGAGGAGGAGGCAGCAGAUGAUGACGACGAUGAUGGAGAUCUUUAUCAAUGCUCUAUAUGUAGGAACAACUACACCAGCAUGCGGGCUCUCAGGAGCCACCUCCGAGGUCACACACAGUCCCAUGGUACUCCUGCGAGCUCAGGGCCGUCCUCCAUGUCCUCCCACGAAGAAAUGAAAGAGUCUGGAGAGAUGAUGAUCUGUAGCACAUGUGGGGAAAGCUUUGCAAAUAGGCAAGACUUGAUCAUCCAUCAGGUCCUACACAAACAGGACCAGGUAGAUAAUGUAAAUAAUAUAAACAUGAGCGACUGCGGCGUAUUUGUAGGAAAAGAGGAAGCUCAGAGUAUCAUCUGUGGCAGCUGUGGCAUCUUCUGCACCAACUACCAUCACCUCGAAAACCACGGUUGCACAGCAGAGAGGACGCUCGAGUCGACGCAUCGCAACGAGGGAAUGAAAACAAAUGAUGGUGCCCGACAGGAGGACGCGAGCAACGCCAACCAAACUCUGGAUUCCCAAGAUCGUCAGUACAAAUGUGACCAGUGUGGCCGUUCAUACAGACACGCCGGCUCCCUCCUCAACCACAAAAAGUCCCACAAAACGGGUGUAUUCCGAUGCCUCGUCUGCCAGAAGCGCUUCUACAACCUGUUGGCCCUCAAAAACCAUCAGCGGUCCCACUUUGAUAUUAAGAGGCACACUUGCCAUGAGUGUGGGAAAGCCUUCAAAAUUCAGAAGCAGCUCUUGAAUCACCUGAGACGGCACAAAGAGAACCAAGCCAAGAUCCAGGAUCUCAACGACCAGAUCCAGGCCCUCAUGCAGAUGAACGGCACCAAGUCAGAUGUGGGAACGCAGUCGGUGCCUUCGGAUGGCGGACAGCCUUUGACCUCCUCUCGACGCUGCAAGCCACCGCGGGGAGCCCGGAGAGGACGAGCGAGGUGUGAGACCGCAGUCAAAUCAGAGGACGCGAGUGACCCGCGGCCUUUCGCCUGUGACCAGUGCGGACGAACGUACCGCCACGCAGGAAGCCUGGUCAACCACAGGAACUCCCACAAAACGGGCGAAUACUACUGCUCUGUUUGUAACAACACUUACUCCAAUCAACUCGCUAUGAAGAACCACCUGCGCACCCACUUUGCGUAUAAAAAGCAUUCCUGUCAAAACUGCAGCAAAGGCUUCAGGGGCAAGAAGCAGCUGUUGGCCCACGUGUGCGGAGACCUCAGGAGAGCUGGGACCAGAAGCAGGAGGGGCCCGAAAUCCAGAGCCCUCCGGUGUAACGAAUGCAAGCAGGCCUUUCUCUCCGCUGACCUACUGACAGCCCACGCCUGCGACGGACAUUCAGGCGGCAGCGCCGCGCCCGCAGCCACGGAGGAGCGGCCGUUCACCUGCAGCAUAUGCGACCGCAGCUACCGCCACGCCGGCUCGCUCCUGAACCACAAAAACACGCACAAGACGGGCAGCUUCAGCUGCUCCUACUGCUCGAAGCCCUUCACCAACCCCAUGGCGCUGCGCAACCACACGCGCAUCCACACGCAGAAGAAAAAGUACGCGUGUCUCACGUGUGGAAAGGCCUUCCGCCUCGCCAGUAUCCUGCACAACCACCAGAGGGUCCACAGCCGGGUGGCGAGUCAAUUCAGCUGCCCGGCGUGCGAGAAGAGCUUCCAGGGCAGGUCGGGCCUGAAGAGGCAUCGGUGCCGCAGAGGCCAGGAGAACUCCCCGAGGGCCGGAGUGCAGCAGUCAGAGAGGGGGGACAAGUGCUUCAUGUGUGACCUGUGUGGGCGCUCCUACCGCCACGCCGGCUCUCUCCUCAACCACAAAAAGACCCACUCCGAAAACCUCCACCACUGCACCUUGUGUCUCCAGACCUUCCCCGAUCCUCUCACCCUGCAGAUACACUCCAUGAUGAGGCGUCACUGCUGCCCCGAGUGCGGCAAGACCUUCUGUGUGGUCGCUCACCUGCAGAGCCACAUGGAGGUGCACGCCAAGGACCAGGCGGUGGCCUGCAGCCCUCGCCAGCGGAGCUUUCCCAGCGCCGCGAGCCACCAGCAGCACCGGGACGCGCGGCGCGGGGCUCCGGGCUCCUUCCACCGGGGCGCGGCUGAGCCCGAGGACGUCGACGUUGGCUGGGACUCGAGGAUGAGCCAGGCGGCGGGGAUCGACGAGAUGCGCAAGCAGGCGCCGCCGCCGCCGCCGCCUCUGUCCCACCUUCCGGGGAGCGUCGCCAACGCGAGCAACGAGGCCUGCGGCGCCGAGGAGAAGAGCCACGCGUGCGAGCACUGCGGCCGCACGUACCGCCACGCCGGCUCCCUCCUCAACCACAAGAACAGCCACAAGACGGGCUCCUUCUUCUGCUCCGUCUGCCAGAAGGAGUUCACCAACCUGAUGGCCCUCAAGAACCACCGGCGGAUCCACACGGAGCCCAAGCGCUACCAGUGUCUGGAGUGCGGGAAGGCGUUCCGCGUGUCCACGCAGCUCAUUUGCCACCGACGGAUCCACACCAAGGAGAAGCCGUUCGCUUGCCCGCUGUGCGACAAGAGCUUCUCCAGCAAGUCCAACCUGCGGCACCACCAGAAGAUGCACCAGAACAGCCAGAACCAGACCUACGACUCGUCUUUCAGCAGCAUGGAGGCAAACGCCUUCAUGGACCUGGACAUGGGGUCUUUUCUCUAAAGUUGGAUUCCGGAGCGUACGAGGAGGAGAAGACAUGCGCUGCUUUUUAUUUAUGUUCUUCAUCCCUCUAUCAAUAAUUGUAAAGCAGUAUGUUUUUUUUCAACAAACAAAACUGACGCUCCAUUGAGGACAUGCACUUUUUGUUUUUUAAAUUCCUGACUUCCAGUCUUACGCCCACAGCAGAUGUUGACGUGACUCAAAAGUCUCCUGAGGGUUUAGGCGUCAGCUCGCAGUAAGGCCUGAAUGUUUUCCACAGGAACCCCGGAGUGAGUCCACAGGAGAACACGCCCCGCGGUGGUUGCUCCUCUCACUACGUCCACUUGUGUUCAGUGCCUCUGUAGGUUCCGUAGGAAACAAAAUAUACAAACUAUAUUUAUCUCUGAGUCCCCCUGUCGGGGUCACAUGGGGCGGGGCGGUGAAGUCAAAUACCUCCUGGGUGUGUCAAAAGGUCAGUGGCAAAGUUAUUUUCUGAAAACAUAUUAUCAAAUAAAUAGUAAUGUUAAUAAUAUUAAAAUAAAUGCGUUUUUUAAAUUAAGUUAUUCCUUUUUAUUCUAUGUGCAUAUUUUAUUAGAAAAGCUUUCUAUGGAAAAAAAAGUCAUUCUUCUAAAACUCAUGUAGCCUUUUGAGGACCUUCCUCCGUCUUCUGAGUAUUUGAUCAUUACUUCUUAGUUUAAACAGGCAGGAAUAAUUCAAAAGGAACGCACCUGAAGUGUAAAACAUGGCAGCGUUUUCCCUUUCAUUUCAACACUUGUGAUUGAACUCACAACAGUUGCUGCUGUUCAGAUUCAUGGCGUCUGCUCUGUUCGGUUAAAGAGGAACAAACCUCCUCUCGUUGUACUUGUUAGAAACACUGAUUUAAUAUCAUCCGCUUCAUAACGCCAUGUCUCCCUUUGUGUAAUCCAUGAAUCUCCUCGGCCUCGGACGACUAAAUAAACGCAGGCGAUUAACAACGGUUUCUUUUUGUUCCCAUGAAGGAACGUGAAUUAAUAAAUAAUAAAUAGUUACAAUGUAUUCUGAUUCAAAGCAGUGUUGACACGAACGAGCGGAGCUUCACGGAGGAAACCCGUUUCUCAUUGGCUGUCGAGUAAGUUUUAAUGUGCACAACAUUUAUUUUUGCCCUGUUGUUCCUUUUACUGGUUUCCCUUUUUUCGAAUCAGACAUCUAGCAAAAGGAAGCACCUGGCUCUUUCCCUUUUUUUUCCCCCAGUGGUCUGAAAUGAGACUUUCUUUAUGCCUCACACGUUCCAGUCCAUGUAAGCGUGUUUGGCGCUGGUCAGAAGUAUGAAAUACCUCAUGGGACGUCCUGCCUACCAACUACGUAAAGCCUCAUUGCAGAGAACACACUGUAACUGUGGAGAGAAACGUAGACUCUAAGACCUCUGGAUCAAUUUUAAGGUUUGACAUUUUUCCGGAAGCUGUUUUCUCUCCGGUCGUUUUACUGAAGUUUGUUGUUCUCCGAGUUCUAUUUGCACAUUUAAAGACGAGGCGCUUGUAGCACGAGACGAGAGGACUGGAAGUCUCUAAUAAUGCAGCCGACCCGUAUUUCACCUCAACUUGGUUCAUUCAAGCAAUAUGCGGAAAGCAUCGUUUCAGCACAUGAACCAAGUACUUUUGUUUUGUUUCACCAUUGUUCCCAGUGCAGUGCCAUCGGAGUCAGGAUACCUAAACUAGCCUUGAAAAACCACUACAACUCGCCAUCUGACGUUUUCUGACAUAAUUUAAAAGUGUAUUAUUUGUCAUGAUUGAGCCGAUGUUACUGUAACAUAUUUCCCGAUGCCAUGGUAGCCUCCAUGUAAAACCACACGUGCACAUUUGAGUUAAAACUGUCAUUUUUAUUUACUUAAUUUUUUUCUGCCCCCGUUCUCCCCGUGGCGCCCCACCGUACACAGCCGGUCAUUUGUGCCGUGUGUAAAUCUCAGUCCUCUGUAAAUAUUUUACAGUAAUUAUCCUUUGGAUUUAUGUAAAUUAAGAUUUUCUUUGGCAGGAGAAAAACGGCUAUUGUGUAUUAAAAAAAAGACACAUUCACCACAUGUUUUGAUUUAUUUGAUUUCAAUGCUUGCUCACUACUUUAUUUAUAUUUAUCAAAGUAUUUUGUCACU